CACACACACACACACAGCACGAGAGGAGCGAGAGAUGUACCUACAGAUUCAGAUAAAGAAAUAGAAAUCCAACAAAGGAAAAACAAAAAGCUCCAAGUAUUCACCCACGUCCUACUAACUUGUUCCUACCAAACCCUAGCUCUUAUUCUGACCUUGUCUGAUCCCCAAAACUACCAUGGCGGAGGAGAAAGUCAUCACCUCGGCAGAAGCUAGCCCUAUCGCCGCCGCAGAUGGACACAAAAGAAAGCUUGACGAUAUGGAGCUCAACAACGCGCCUCAACCGCUCACCGACUCUGAACCCAAACUCGAUCCUGACUCCCUCAAUCAGGAGGAGGAGAAUGGCGGUGCAGAUGAAUCUGACACUAAACGCCCCCGUUUAGCGAGUAACGGAGAUAAUGUUAGCGAAUCCGAUGGCCUAGCAGUUCCACAGAAUGGUCACCAAGAGGGUGGGAAAGAAGAUGUGCCUAAAGAGGAAGAUUCAACACUGCCCGAGUCUGCAGCUGACACUGCCCAUCCUGCAGAGGACCAAGAACCUAGAGAAGAACCUUCUGAGAAAAUUAAUGAAGAACCAGCUUCCGUUGAGAAUGAGAAAACUCAGAUUGGAACUACUGAUGAUGUAGAACAACCAAAAGCAGAAGUUGAAGCACCUUCUGAGGAGCUUCCUAGAGAGGGGGACGUUCCAGUUCCCUCUGAUGAAAGGCAACCAGGCUCCGAUACCGAAAUACUAUCACGCAAAAUGGAGGUUCCCAAUGACAAGGUCGGGGUUCUCAUUGGCAAGGCAGGGGAUACCAUUCGGUCCUUGCAGGACAACUCAGGUGCCAAAAUUCAGAUUAUGAGGGAUGCUGAUGCGGAUCCACGGUCUGCCACCAGGCCUUUGGAAAUAGUUGGAACUUUGGAAAAUAUAAACAAGGCCGAGAAGUUGAUAAAGGACGUAAUUGCUGAGGCUGAUGCUGGAGGUUCUCCUUCACUUGUUGCUCGAGGAUUCAGCACCGUGCAGGCUGCAAAUGGUGGUGAACAACUUGAAAUACAAGUCCCAAUUGAGAAGGUUGGUUUAAUCAUUGGAAAAGGUGGAGAGACAAUCAGAAACUUGCAGACAAGAUCAGGGGCACGCAUUCAGUUGAUACAACAAAAUCUUUCCGAUGGAGAUCAAUCUAGGGAGAGGACGGUCCGUGUGACUGGUAAUAAGAAGCAAAUUGAGACUGCAAGAGAAAUGAUCAAAGAUGUCAUGAAUCAGACCAUGAGGCCAUCACCCCUCUCCAGUGGAUACAACCAGCAGGGUUAUCGCCCACGUGGACCUGUUGCGCCACAAUGGGGACCUCGUGGUCCCCAUCAUGCGCAAUUCUCUGGUUAUGAUUAUCCACAAAGAGGACCAUAUCCUUCUCAGAAUUCACAAUAUCCACCUCCAUCAUAUGGUAAUUAUCCGCCGCCACAGGCUCCGAGAAGCAAUUAUGGUCCAAGUUGGGAGCAAAGGCCUCCGGCUUCAAUGCAUGGGCCCUCACCUCAGAGCAACUACAACUAUGGGCAGCAGCAAGGUCCAGAUUAUGGGCAUCCACCUUAUUCUCAAACUCCUGCCCAACCCUUUGGACAUGGAUACAACGAGGCUAAAUAUGAUCACCAUGCUUCCUCCCAACAUUUUGGGCACAUGGGUUCUCAGCCAACACCAUACACGCAAGGUGGUACACAUUCAGGGUAUGGUCCACAGGACCAAUAUGGUAAGCCACCCAUGUACGGCAUGCAGCCACAAGUACCUCAUUCGCAACCCUAUGGUCAGCCUAGGCCUAAUCAACCUGGAGAAGUGCCUUAUCAAGGUCCAGGUUCAUCAGCUCAAUCAUAUGGUCAAAAUGUGCCAUCUCAACAGUCCUACCCCUAUGCAUCAAGUGGGUCAAUGCAACAAAGCUAUCCUCUCUAUGGGUCUGCACCCACUACUGAUGGAUAUGGUCAUACUCCUGCCACAGCAUCUGCUUCUGGUUAUCCUCCUCAAGGUGGUCAGCCGGUUGCUGGGUAUGGUCAGCCUGGAGCUCAACAGCCGCCUGCAUACCCUCAGACAGGACCUGCAGGGGGUUAUGGUUCAUAUCCAACAGCUCAGCCUGGUUAUGCCGAACAACCAGCUACCAGCAAUGCAACAUAUGGGUAUCAAGGGCCUGCAGAUCCGGCUUAUGGUGCAGCCCAAGGUCCUGCUGCUUAUCCUGCGACUGCUGCUGGGCAGUCUGGUUAUGCUCAACCAUCUCAAACUCAGCCUGGCUAUGAUCAGGCCGGUGGUUAUGGAAACGUACCCGCACCAGCUGGGUAUGGAAAAAGUGUGUCACCCCAAGCUGCAUAUGCACAAUAUGAUUCUAGUCAGAUGUAUGGUGCACAUCGUUGAUUUUGUCUAUUAAAAUGAUCCAAUGAGGGUAGAAUGGACUUUAGUAGCUAUGUCCUUUUCUUUUAGUGGUUAAGUUCCGUUAUGCUGACAGGGGUGCCUGUAAGAACAUUUUAAUGAUGCUAUUUGGAUUUAGACUGUUAAUUAGUUAAAAGACUUGUAAACGAUGAUCUUGCUGACUACAUUAAUCCUGCCUUUGGGUGCACUUUGCUGUAUUUGUACUCUUAGUUUAGUCAUGAUUGAUGUCUUCUCA